AUGUCUAUAAAAGAUUUAAUUGACAAUCCAUCAAUUUUUCCAAUGAGUAAAACUGAAACUACAGGCCAAAAUAUAAAGAUAAACAUAAAUAAUAUCUUAUCGCCCAAGACGACAUCUAAUACUGGUCCAGUUUUAGUAUUAGGCGAUCAGAAAACUUCACCUCCGAUGGCUGACGGCGAGAAUACUUCCGUCAUAGCAGAAGAAAAAACUGGAAAUGGUUCGUUUUCGGACAGCAAGCCAAAUUUCAAGGAGACUGAUAAAGACGCGACAAAAGCCGUAACGGAGAACGAACAGGAUGAGCCAAACAGUGACAACAAGAACGGGGAAGAUAAAGAAGAUCUGAAAUCUGUGUCCGAGAAGAAAAACGUAUCUGAUGAAAAGGAGGCUUCGAUUAUCGACGAGAAAGAAAAGGUGUAUAGAGAUAAUGCGACGAAACUCUUCAAAGAAGAAUUUGUCACGAUUGAACCUGAAGAAUAUACUCGGUUUUUGGCUGCUGAUGAUGAAGAAAGUUUGAAGACUAGACAGAUCUACAUGGACUUAUUUAAAUGGGACCCUAGUUUGUUGGUUUCUACAAGAAUGCUCUGUUCGAAAAUGUAUUUAAAAGGUGAGUCUCAAGAAAUUGAUAGAAUUUUAUCUGCCUUUACCGAGUCUUAUGUCAACCAGCACAAGAGUAAUAUAUUUUGCACCACUAAUUUUGAAAAGAUAUACAUUAUAUUAUAUAGUUUGAUCUUAUUGAAUACUUCUUUGCAUAACGGUGAAUUAAAUAAGAGAAGCAAGAUUAGUCAAGCAGAAUAUAUUAAGAACACAUUUACCACAUUUGUUAACCAAAAUCCUAAGAAACCUAAAAAGUUAUCAAUCAAACAAAAGGUUGCUAUUGAAAAGGAAUUGUGUGACUAUUACGACGAUUUGGCAAGAAAUGAACUAUAUUUAAAACAAGCAAGUCAAAAAUUGGACGUUGGAAGUGACAAGGAUAAAGUAUACGUUAGACGUAUUCCAGAGAACGAGUCUAAUUCAAAUGCAAAGCAUGAGGAAGGUGAUUCGCCCGUAUUAUCUAGACAAGUAUCUGCUUCCUCUAUUUGGUCUUCUGAUACAAGCGGUAAUCGCCGCUCUUCAUUGUACAUGCAGCCAUUAAAAAAAACGGGUUCAGGUGUAUCUCAAUUCUCUUCAAGAGUUCCUAACAAAAAGAAUCAUAGAGUUGGUUUAGCAAGAGCCUUGAUUUCAGAGCAAAAUCAAAAAACUUAUUCAAGCAAUAGUUCUUUUGUUUCUGUUAAUACUACAAACACAUUAAGGAGCCACCCUUCCUUGGAUCCUUCAAUAAUGGGAAAUAAAGGAUUGUUCAAGAAAUCAUCCAGAGCAUCAGUGAUUUCGAGAGAUACAAUAAUUUCUAAUAUCCCGGAUGAUAAUCUAUCUGUAACAUCAUUCACUAAUGAAAUGAAGAUCUUUAAUAUUGAUUUAGAACCAGCACUGCUUCAACAAUUGGACGACUUUGAUGUUGAUGAUUAUCAAGAUCAAUUUGAUUUAACAUUAGAGCUUGAAGGUUCUCCAUAUUUAAAAGAGGGAAUACUAAAAUUGAAAAUUAUCAAUGACGACCUAGAUAACAACCUGGAUCUUGAUCGUAAAAGUACGUCUAAUGAAUCAAGGUUUUUAUCCCUCUUUAGGUCCAGCACUUAUACAAAUUCAGCAAUAUCAAACAGUAAUCAAACAUCAUCUGCCGCAUAUACCGAAAAUUUCGUUGUCGUUUCUAAAGGUGAGUUAUCUUUAUACUCGUUUGAUCCUAAAGUUAUAAAAAAGCAACAACAAAAACUAAAGAAAAUGAAAAAAAAUACUGAUAACGAUGAUAACGAUUCUUCGGAAGUAGGUGAUGGUAACUGGUUGAAGAAUGCUGCAAAAGUUGGCUCAUAUAACUUGUGUUCAACAUAUGCACAAUUCGAAAGACAUUCAAGUGGAAUGCUACUUUCAACUUCUGCGAAAAAGAAAAGCAUCUUAUGGUCAUUAUCUUUUCCAAAAGUCUCAAAUAAACAACCCAAAAAAUUUGUAUUUGAAGCGGGAACUAAAGAGAUAGCCCUAGAAUUUAUUAACACAUGUAAUUUCUGGGCGUCGAAGAUUACAGCAAUUCCUACCACUGAAGAAAGUAUUUCAUCCAUUGAGUAUGGUUGGAACAAUGUAGAUAAUUUAAUUAGCAGAAAAAAUGAGUUUAAAAAAAUGAAAAAUAUUCAAAGAUGGGAGCCUCUUCCAAAAGGGGUUUACUUGAGUAAUUAUGUGGAAAAUUCUGGGAUGGAUGAUGAAGCAAGGAAUUUUGGUAUUAUGAUGCAGUUCGUGAAAACUGUCAAUUAUUAUAAUAAUUUGAGAAAGGUCUACGAGGAAUUUAAUCAGUUGAAAUCGAAAUUCAUCUCUAAUUUUAAAUCUAAGAAUUUAACUAAUACUUCUAAUUACAGUAGAGUAAUGGCUAAUUAUGAAAGCAAGUCAAAUGAUUACCUUAUGGAAUUAAGAAAAUAUAAGAAUUAUUUAAUAAUGCUAGGCUUUGGGUUGCAAUUAAGGUUUGAUUUGCAGGACGACGAACUAAACGACCACCGUGAAGAAUUUGCCAAUGAUGAACUAGAGCAAGGUUUAACGAACAUAGCAGAAGAUGAUGAAUUAAAAAAAUCUGUCAAGAUUGAAAUCUACAAGUUAUUUACAAACUUGAAGGCGAUCGAAAAGAUAAUUCCAAACUACCAUUUAAGUAGAUCGAUUAAUUCAAUUGUUGAAUCUAAGAAUGGAAGAGGGCCAUGUCCGGAUGAGCCAUUUCCUUUAGUAAAAUCACCGAAAACUUUUACCUUAUCUAAUUACAAUAGUCAUGAGAGCCCAAUCGCACAAUUAUUACAGACCCCUCAGAAAGUACAAUCAGGUCUGGAAAUACCGCACAGUUAUAGUACCCGUACUAUCAAAGAAGAAGAAGAACUGGAGUCCUGA